AUGAAACAAAUAUAAGACAAGACUUAUAAAGAAUUUGCUGAUAUUAAACAUCACAUUGGUGCAUUGCAGAGUCAAUAACUUGCUGAUGAAGAACUAUCUCUUCUUUAUGAGAGAUUGAAAUAUCAAUUCACAAAUCUAAAUUAGCAAGUUGCAGUUACUUAAGCUCUAAAGCCAAGUAGUGAGACAUAGCCAAUUCAUAAGAGAUAAAAAAUAAAACGAGAUAAACCAUUGAUCUAAUAACAAGGAAAAUCAAUAGCACUUCCUAAGAUUUUGAAACAACCAUCUACAGAAUAGAGACCGAAAAAGACCAAAGGGAAAUUAAAAUCUGCUCAUAUUUAUUAGGCUAAUGUCUUAAAUAGAGAAUUGAGAUUAAACCCAUUUUCAGAUUUACCAACAAUAUUGGAUGAUGACCUAAAUAAAGGAGUCAACAAUUUGAUUUAAUCUGGUUUGAUACCAAAGGAUGUUGAUUUAGGUCCAGCAUUUAAGCGAGGAGAAGAAUUGCUUUCUAUAUCAUAAGUUUAAGUCUAGAAUCCAACAGAGAAAAGCAAGUAUUAUAACACGGGAUAUUCAGAAAAUCUAUCGAAAUACAAAGUAGCUCCAUAAAAACAAACAGCAAAAUAGAUAGCUGAUUACUCUUCGUCUUUUGUUGAGAGACAAUCUGUGCCAAGAGAGAAAAUACAGUAAGUGAAAGUAGUUAGAAAAGCUAAGUAUAUAAUAGAAAUUAAAAAUGGACAUUAUGUGCCAGAUUUUCAUUAUCAGAUCAGAAAUCUCAUGAUUUGGGGAGGAAUCAUGCAUAUUAUAAAGAAAUUAGAGAAGAUUGCAUCAGGAUAGUUGGAUGGUGAUAGGAUAGCACAAUUGGCUUAAUCUUAAUUCAAGGUUCAUUUGAUUGAGUUGUAUGAAUGCUACAUCUCAAAACCCAUAAUGGAGAGAUUAUACAUAAUAAACAAGAAGCAAUUUUCGGUUGAAAGUGCCAUAUUGAAAAUAUAGGCAACUGUCAGAAUGUUUGUGGCAUCAAGAAAGUACAGACAUUAAAAAAGGAUUGUCUAAAAGGUUAUUAGAAUUUAAAAGGAAUUCAGAUUAAAACAGACAUAUGUUUAUACAAUCAACUAAAUCAAAAAGAAUAUGGGACAAUUGAUAAGCACACUAGAGAAUAGAUAAAAGUAAUUUUUAUUAGAAGAUUUGAAUCAAAAGAGAAUCGAAAUUCACAUUCCUUCAUACUCCAUUAAAUAAUUUUAAAGAUUAUCAAUGAGUCAUUUCAAAAGUCGCGAAGGCUUACAAUUAACAAGAUUGUUUGCUUUAAAAGAUCCUAAUGUGAGUAUAAUUUACGUGUGUGCACCUUUACAAGAAGAAAUAAUGGCAUAUUUCUAUAAACUAUUAGAAGUGGCAGGUAUAAAUCCUGAAGGUAGACUAUUCUUUAUUCAUCCUGAAAAUAUUAAUAGAUUCCCAUCACAUUACUCAUUGGCAUUAUUACUAUAUCUAUCUCCAAAGGCCAUACAUUAAAUUUCUGAAUUGAUUAAAGGGUAAUUUUCAUAUAUUGUACCUAUGAGAGUAGGAAAAGAGGAAUUUUUGAUUGCAGAAUAUCUAAAAACAAAUAUAUAUUCAGGUCCUUAUGAAUUAAUAGAGAAAUACUCUAAGAAGUCUGAAGCGGUUGAACUGUUUAGAUAGUUGUCAUUUCCUGUGGCUCCAGAAUAUCAUAAAUUUGUCAGUAAAGAUGAUUUUGUAGAUAAAUUGACUGUGCUGAUUAUGAAAAAUCUGACAGUAUAAAAAUGGAUGUUUAAAAUAGACAUCGAAUUUAAUGGAAGAGGAACUGCGUGGUUUAGUUUAGAAGGAGUAAAACAAUUUAUAGAAAUCAAAAAGUUUCCUCAUAGUAUUGAAUUUAAAGUUCUUAGGGAAUUAGUCUAAACUUUAUUGCCAAUAAAAACUGUACUGGCAUUUCCUUAGAUGUUCACCUUUGAAGAAUACUUAGAGAAUUUUAUUAGAAAUGGUGGAAUAGUCGAAGCUUAUCCAAAUGCUUAUAAAGUGCAGACAAUAAAUAUCUAAGUGAAUCUCGAGAAUUAGGGAACUUAUUAGAUAUUGAACACGUCUACAAGCAUAGUAAUAAAAGAAAUGUCUAAAGUGGGUUGCAUAUAUCCUUAGAAUGUGCUCAAUUUAAAUGUGGAUUCUCUGAUAUAGCCAUUAGCAGAUGAAUUAUAUAAACAGAAUGUCUUUGGUUAUUUUACACUUUCUUUGCUAUCAUUUAAUGGAGCCUUCUAUACUAAAUCUUUGAAGUUCGGAAUGGAUGAAUAUAUUGGGGCUACAGUAUUGUCUACAGCUAUGGACACUGAUCAGUUCACAUAUAUACCGUUUGUCUAUCACCCAGGAAUAGCAGAAUAGAAAUUUAAUGAUUUAUUUAUAAAGUGUAGGAAGGAAGGAAUAUCCUUUGAUAUUGAGAAGAAGGUGGGAACAUUGAUAUGGUUAUCUGAUUAGAUUGAAAAAGGAGUGUUGUCAUUAUUAUGUUUGGGUGCACCUAAGAAGGCUGUAAAGUUGACUACUGAUGCAUUGAAUUUCUUGUAAUAAUUUGGUGGGAAUAUAAUGAAAACUAAUAGUCACUAGAAACAGGACACCUUUUACUUUAUAGAUAUAGUUAGUAGAUUAAGAUAAUUAAAUAGUGAAGCUUAAUAAUGA